GCACCAAGAACGGUGGUGGUGGUGCUACUUCUGGUCCAAGUUACAAAAACGAGCGAAUUCUUAUGGCGUUCUCAACUGUUACAUUCUCAACUGUUACAAUUACAUGAAUUUGUCAGGCAAAAACAGCAAUAGGCAAAGGGGAAAGCUUGCAAGUCUUGCAUCACAAAUUUGGCACGGAUUUAGAUGCUGUGUAGCACUUCGAUAAUUUGUCAUGCGAAGCAGCUUGAUCGUCUUGCGGCUCAUGGUCAUUUUGCAUCACAAAUCAUGUAACAAUUGAGAAUGUAACGUUUGAGAGCGCCAUAAUUCUGUUCCACGAGGUUUAUCGCAUGAAUUUUGACUACACCGACCCGGACACGAAGAAGGUCAUUCAUGUGGCCGAUGGCUUCAGCGUCUUUCGGAAGUCGCCCGCGUACGUCGCUUUUCAGAAGGCGAUCGGCGAAUACGAAAAGGACGGGAUCCUCAUGGAAAACUUCUACGAGGAUGAAGAAGUUGAUUCUGCGGCUCAUACUGCAACUAGUACUUCUCAAGAACAAAUUUCGAGUAAAAGCACCACUGUCGUCGACUUCUGGUAUGGCGAUCCGAAGACGGGAAGCAGCAGCUCCCGUUUUGCCCUGCAAGAUGUCAACGACUGGAGGAAGGCAGCGGAGACAAGCCUUGCGGUUGCGGAAACCGAGGUGUUUGCGUUCGCCUCGCGGCAAGAUGCGGCAGCACUGAAGAAUGUGACAGAUGAGAUGGAACAGACACAGAUCCCGGCGCUCAUUGCCGCUUGCGAAGGAAGAUCUUUAACUGCCACGGGGGACGACAAGA